GCAGCAGCAGCAGCGCACUCAUGAUUUCCCACGCCGAACAACGGCAACCCCGGAAGCAUUUGACUGCGCGGCUCGCGCUCAAGCUUCUCGAGGACACCCCUGAGAACCUGCACAGCAACACCGGCGGCUCGCCAGUAUCACCGGUCCACAGAAAAACUGUUUCCCUCCAACGCGCCUUGCGUAACUCCGGCGAUAUUAUCGCCCCAACAACAGCAAAAGGGAAAGGAGCAUCUUUCACGCUCGACCUCUCACAUACGACAGCAUCCUCAUCAUCCACGACGACCACCAACUCCACCUUAGCGACGAUAGUUGACUCCCGCCCUGCUAGUUUCGGCAGCUCGGAUGAGUCCUCCGUCGCGUCAUGGGAAGGGGAAGAUGAUGGCUUCGUGUUCGAGGACCGACAUCGGUCGGGGGCGGGCGCAUCAACUGUAGACUUUAUCGACGACACCCUGCUGCUGCAACUCGAACAACGCUCCUCAGCUAUCCGACGGCAACAGCAGUCCUGCAAUGAGGGGAGCGAUACAAACCCGCUGGAAGAGUUCGACCAUCCGGCUCUCCAAGGCGCUAUUGCAGCGUUGCACGGCUACGCUGCUAGCGAUGGGGAUACCGUGUUCCUCGAGAAGGCUUAUGAGCUUGCCAGGGCCGUGGCGGGGUCCAAGCACACCCUUGGCGUGUCCUUCGACGCCUGUCGGGUGGUUUUGGCAGUAGGGUACGUGCACAUCCUCAUCAAGGGCGCGCCCGACCUGGCCGACAAAUUUGCCCACCAGCACAGCCUGCCCAAGCUGGCACAAUCUCUCAAGCCCUACUGGUCACGCUCUCCAUCCCCCACUCCCGACGAAGAGGCCGAGUGGGAGGAGUGUGUGUCCUCACUCCUCGAGGUUACCUCAAGCAUUGCCCUGAUGACGGAUGAGAGGGAUAUCUGGACCGUUCUCGACAGAGAUCCUUUCGGCGAGGUUGCAGAGGCAAUGGGUCUGUACCUUGUCCGGAGACCGAACGCCCUUCAGCAAUACCAGGACGUCGGGAGCGCAUGCUUGCGUCACAAUUUCCUCUACACCGAAUCGUGCAACCGAAGCUUGACGGACUCGGAGUGAUUUCCCGCGCUCAACACCGGCGCGCAAGAGGACGAUCAAGCUCCCAACAAAAUGACUAGGACCGCCCCCGUCAUUGUCAAGCUGUCAACAAGCAAGAGAGUGGGGGCGUGGCCUCGCAUUGUGGACACGAUCGAGAUUGAGAGUUCUGACACCGGGUGUUGACCCGCUUCCCAUGCAUCCAGUUCUGUGUUGCGGUGCACGGGCCUGUUGUCAUGAAGUGUGGCGUGGCUUGUGUUUCAGCGUGAAAUUGCGUGCGAUCUGGUCUCAAUUUCGGCAUGGUUUGUGCAAUACGCGUGAGGCCGCGCACGAUCCUUUCUCAAUUUUGGUUUUCGUUUGUGUGUACAGUUUUGUUCCGAGACGUGCUCUGUCCGGGCGUUUUCGCAUGUGUCUUUCUCAAGAAAAAUGGAACGAGGAGGAAAAAGACGAGGGGAGAACCCCCACCCCCCUCCCUCCCUCAGCCGAAUCCUGGUGUAUAUUCCUCUUGUAUAUGAGGUGCCAUUGAUGCUGUUGCACUGUUUCUGCGAUAGAGAGAGAAGAUGACGCAGCGCAAUUAGGUUUUAGGUGGUGCCAGGUGAGCUUUUUACCUGUCCACGACUUUUCAUGCUGAACCCUCCUACUGUUCGUAUUUCUGUGUGGUAGGCGGGUGUAUCGAGUUGAAAGUUGUUGCUGGGAAGCGUUUGCCCUAGCUUGCCAGGUAUAUAAGUCAGUCUAUGUGGCUGUUUGAUACAACUGCUGUAUGGCUUCAACUGUACUGAAGCGGAGGUGGCAACAGGGUUUUUGAGAACCCUUGAAUUUACCCGCCGUCGUUGUGCGUACUUCGAAGCGCUUUACGGGGAGAUUGUAUUAGAUUCUUAGGUCUUCACACAUGCAUCAAGUGAUCGUGUUUUUUUCUCUGGAGGUGUCGUGAUGUGGUUAUUUGAUGUUGUUCUUGUUUAUUAUGCUGGUGCUCCUGCUGCUGCUGUAGACUUUUGUCGUGUUCCUAUGCGUUGUGGGCUGGCUGAUCUGUGACAUUUUUGGGAUCGUGACCAAUUAAGAGUGAACUUUGUAUCGCAACGAUCAGUUCAGAGGCCAACCUCUUGCCCUUGGCUUGUUCUCCACGCUCACGUGCUUUGCGUGGGCUUAACGUCACACUGGACCAAUGGAUUCAAGACUGAUGACGAACGGUUUGUUGCCUGUAUCAGGUGGCUCUGGCUCUGCCGAACUUGUUAAUAUCUUUCAUUUCGAACUUUCAUUUUGCGUAGUGUCGUGCGCCGUCAAUCAUCAUGUGCGUAGUGUGACGAAUGACAUAUAUACCCGCCUUUAAUAACUAGCAGCCGCCCUGG